GCGGAAGAGAGAGAGACUGCAGUCGAGUGUAUAUUGUACAUAAUGGCCACUCACGAGCUAUCCUCGUAUGUGUGCGUUCAGAAACAUGAAAGUGGAUCGUGUAACGUAACUUUCUGUGCCUUUAAGUUUAUAUUAGCGAUGUAAAUAUGUUCGGUUCAGAUCAAAGCUAUUAGCAUAAAGUCCGCUAGCCACAUGCUAACACGCGCUAUAGUAAAUGUAAUCAGUGGCUGUUACCGCCAUGGUGGAAAUGUAAUUGCUCACAUAUUCUGAUAUUCAUACUCCGGCUGUAUCGCUGGGCAUGUUAGGAUUAACAGUGAUGUCAUGACUACUAUUGAAGUGCCUUAUGACGGCGGUGGUCUCAUGUGACCAAAGUGUACGUAAUACAAGUGACUUGCUAAACAGCACUUUACCUCUAGGGUAAGUAGAGUUAUGAGAGGUGCUGUUAGGAUUUAUUAGCAUUAGCACUGAUUAAUGAUUCCUGUCAGCAGUGUUGCUGCCUGUGAGCCAAUGCUGUUUGUUUAUUCUUGUUUGUAGAACCACACACACACCUGUGUAUACCUACCUGUUGGUAUUAAUAAACCAUCGAAGAGAGCAUCCCAGCAUCCCUGCAUUCUUGCCGAUGCACCACAGUGGUCACCUACCCCCUAACUAGCUACAGUUACAGUUUGAGCUAUCAUCCUCCAUUAUACUAAUUGUCGAUUUGAAGAGGAAAACCGGUUAGGGUGUCUGUUAUCAGACAAGUUGAACAGCUUUGGACGGAGGGUCCUGUGUCUAGUCUGCCGGAAAAUAGAGGACGUCAGCUGAGUAGGCGAUCCUUCAAUGUGGCUCAGGACGCAUUGCGUUUACACUACUAAAAGAACGUGGUUACAUGCAGCCCUGACCACCUCCGAAUGUGGCCUGAGUGAUCGGAUCCCAAUAGGUCUUCAGUGCAUCUUGGCACAAAGUCAAACCUUGUGAAGAAAACAACAGUAGUUUCAGAAGAGAUGGCCUCCCAAAUCAGAGUGAAGCUGCUGCCGAGAGCCAAAUGCUUGUUCGAUGAGCCCGUUCAGGUGAAGGUGGCUGGGCUGAGGUCGAGGCAGGUGGUCACCAUGAGGGCCAGAUUGACCGACGAGAAAGGAGUGGUGUUCAGCUCCUCGGCCACCUACAGGGCUGAUGGGAGCGGGGAGGUCGAUCUGGAGAGAGACCCCUCGCUCAGAGGGAGCUACGUCGGGGUUGAACCCAUGGGUCUGCUGUGGUCGAUGAGGGCGGACACCUUGCAAAAAAGGUUUCAAAAAAACAAUUCGCUAAACCCCCAGGUGGUGAAGUUCUCUGUGCUUGAAGAGGAGGGGGAGGGCAGAAUCCUGGCAGAAGUGACUAACGAGAGGGUCUUUAUUGGAAAGGGGGUCACCCGGCUCCGUGUCAAGGAGGGGAAUAUUCGUGGAGUCCUGUUUACUCCCCCAGGAGAAGGUCCAUUCCCUGCUGUGUUGGAUCUGUACACUUUAGGAGGAGGUUUGUCAGAGAAAAGAGCCUCUCUGCUGGCCAGUCGAGGAUUUGUGGUUCUGACUGUAGCCGCGUAUGGCUAUGAUGACAUGCCGAAAAAAAUUCAAGAGGUCCAGCUAGAUUAUUUCGAGGAGGCAAUGCAGUUCUUAAAAAAACUAGAUAAGGUGGGCAGCAAAGGAGUUGGUGUAUUAUCACUUUCAAAAACUGGAGAUGUUGCUCUUUCAAUGGCCUCUUAUCUGGCAGGUGUUGAUGCUGUAGUGUGGAUUAAUGGCUGCUGUGCCAACACACUUUUCCCCCUCUACUAUAAGAAAAGCCUACUUCACCCUGGGUUACUGUUUGACAUGAGCAGGAUGAUUCCCACUGAGUCAGGGUUCGGCAUUGUCAAGAAUGUUAUUAACAAUCCUCUGGCAGAGGAGAACCAGGCCACCCUGAUCCCCAUUGAAAAAGCCAAGGGACAUUUUCUCUUUGUGGCGGCAGAGGACGACCUCAACUGGGACAGUAAGGCUCACAUGGACGAGUUGGUGGAGAGACUGAAGCGUCAUGGGAAGAUGAACUUUGAAAGUGUGUGUUACCCUGGAGCGGGACAUUACUUAGAGCCACCUUAUGGACCCUACUGCCGCUCCAGCAUCCAUUACAUCGCAGGCACAACAGUCAUGUGGGGCGGUGAGCCCAGGUCCCACGCAGCAGCUGAAGUCCACAUGUGGAAGAAGAUCCAGGAGUUCUUCAGAUCUCACCUGAGCUGCAAUGAUACUCAGGGAACAGCCAAACUCUAGAUGCAAAUACGGUUAUAUAACCAACAUCAAAACAAGUUUAGUUGAAUUAAGUUGAUUUAAUGUUUUCACAAUUAAAGGUGCUAUGUGUAGCAUUUAGUGGCAUCUAGCAGAACGAACUAGGCAGAAAUGGAAUAUAAUAUUCAUAAGUAUGUUUUAAUUAGUGUAUA